AGCAUGUUGUCACAUUAAUUGAAUCUAAGAGGUCCAACCAUGAAAAACACCAGAUCAGUUUCAGAAACACUCCAGUCAGAGUCAGUGAGAUCUGUACCUCAGUGAUUUUAUGAUUUUAUACACUGCUGAAUAUUCAUGGAUAAAAAACACGAAUAAGCAGGUGUAAAGGUUUCUAAAAAAGUGCUCAGUGAGUAAAUAUUGUAACUGAGCAUAUAGAGCAUACACAGAAGUUUCUGUGAAUUUGUUUUGUUCUCUAAGCCGUUGUUUGUGGUGAGAUCAGACACUUUACAUACAGAGAAUACAUAAGAAAUAUUCACAGACAGCAAACCAUGUUUCAUUGGCAGACGUAACUUUUUCACACAGAUGUAAAACAUUGAAUCAUUCAUUUGAAAUGUAUUAUUUAGGACAAUAAUAGUUAUAAUAGGUGAUAAUCAUUUGUCAUGGGAUAGUUAUCUUUAAAAAUCUGUUUUACAUGUGGUGACCAGAGUUUGAAGACUGACAGUAAAAGUUAAAGUUUAAAAGCUAAAGUAGAAACUUUAUGUGACGCAGUCAGUUUACUGAAUCUUUACAGAACUGAGAAACAAACUGUCACAGUCAAGGUUCUUGUUCCUUCAUUGAGUUUUUUCUGUUUGGUAACAGAAGACUGAUGAGAAUCUGAUGGGAAACACCGUCUGCAGAAAGGAAGGUUGUGAAUCAGCAGUCAUAAAGGUUUUUAUAGAAGCUUGUCAGCAGGAGGUCAAGGUCACACUCUGAAGACCACAUCAGAUUUUUUUCCUUUUCAUCCUCUUGUUACAUAAAAGAAAAAAAGAGACAGUGGAUAGUUUAGUCUUAUCAUGGUUUCCUUAUUUUACAGUGCAGCAGGAACACAGAGUGAAGUGUGGACUGAUCAGAUUAGAUCACUAUCUGCUAUCAGAUCAGUAAGAUAACAACCAUGACAUGACAUAAACCUUCACACACUCAUUCAAACAUCAGGAGCACAGAGAUACUUAAAAUUUAUUGCAGCCUGAAUGAAGGACAAGUCUGAUGGAGACGAAAAGAUAAAAGCUGUUGAGACAGAUAAAGACUGAUAAACUUUCUGCGAAGAGCUACCAUCAGAGUUUGACUGUCCCCUUCCUCAUAGCACAGACGACUGAGACGUGAGUCACUGCAUGAAGCUUUAAAGGUGUGGUUUACAUAUUAGUUUAAAAUAACCCUGACCCUAAGCUUUCAUUUGGUAAAUCUACAAUAGAAACUAAUAUGGUACAGCGAGGACACCAAUCCAGGAUUUCUUACUUUCCCACAGAAAUGAUUUAUAGGGACAAAAAUCUUUGGAGUCGAUGCGUCAUCACUGUGUCUAAUAACGUACUUCUUUUAACCGUUAACAGGCUCAAAUUAUUAUUAUUAUUGUUAUUAUUAUUAAGGUGUCAGUGGCAAGAACAAGAACUUUACUGAUGUACUUGGACUACAGCAACUGUUGGCUGUUCUUACUCAGUGCUGCACCAAAUCCAAAGAUUUCUGUCUCUAUCAAUCAUUUAUACCCAGAAACAUACCAGAGUUACUGUUAAAUGUCAGAUACCAAACCACACUACAACACACAAAACACACUCAAAGAUUAGUCAACAACAUGAACAUCAGAGAUCCUCUAAACUUUUCUGUCCUGUCCCAUUUUGAAGGCUUGAAAAAUAAAGAAAUCCUUCUACGAAUUAUUAUUAAUUUCUAACUUUUUGACAAGUCAGAACAUCUGCUGUGAAAAUCAUCCAUCUGUUGUUUUUCCCACGUGCAGCGUUUACUUCCUGUUGUCCAUUUUUAAAUGAUCUGUCUGAUGUGUCCUGAUCCUGUUUGUUUCACCACAUGGAUCUUAACGUCUGUUUCUCUCUGAAGGUGUCUCAAAGUCGACCAGUCUUUAUGGACAACAGACCACAGCCCACUUUAUCCUAAUUAGUGUCAAAUUAAAUCCAAUAAAAAUCCGCUUUGAACCAGAACCUGAAUCUGCCAGUCUCAAAUAAACAUUUUAUGAGUCCUAAGGGUUGUGCUUACAGUAGAGUAUAAUGUUUAACUGUAUUAAAUUGUACAGAUUACAUUACAGUUUUACUGCACAUAUUUAAGUCUAAAAUGGAUCCACAAAAUGCAGCUAAUGGAUGCUGAGCCUCCCAAAGCUCGUCACUGUUCAGACUGCACACACAUAGUAUACAGCAGAUACACAGUGGCUCCAGUAGCUUUUAUUCUAAAUGGUCUUAAGUUGGUGUUGUCUGGUUGUCCUUUAACUUUAAAGUCAAGCAUUACUCCCUUCAGAGGGACACACUCUUCAGCAGGACUCUGCAAAGAUAUUGGAGAAGGAGUCUCCUGGAAUCAGAGUCUUCUCUCAGGUUAUCAGCCGCUCAUCGUCUCCUUCUCCUCCAUGACACUGUCCACCAUGUCCAUGUUCAAGGUGAAAACUGUGGUUCCUUUAGCCUGUGACUCUGUGGCCACAGUCUGUUCAGGUCCAAACUGCCUUGUUCCUCCCAGUGACUCCAAUGCUGUGCUGAGCCUGGUGCUGAGCACGGUGCUCACUGUAAUGCUGGCCAUGGUCAUGUUCUCCAUGGGCUGCACUGUGGACACCAAAAAGCUGUGGGGCCACAUCAAGAGGCCAUGGGGCAUCGUCAUCGGCUUCCUCUGCCAGUUCGGCAUCAUGCCUUUCACAGCCUUUGCCUUGUCACUGGCCUUUGGUGUGCUGCCUGUCCAGGCCGUUGUCAUCAUCAUCAUGGGCUGCUGUCCUGGAGGAUCUGGCUCUAACAUUAUCUGCUACUGGCUGGACGGAGACAUGGACCUCAGUAUCAGUAUGACAGCUUGUUCUUCUAUCCUGGCCUUGGGGAUGAUGCCUCUCUGUCUGCUCAUUUACACCUCCAUCUGGACCUCCACCAGCACCAUCCAGAUCCCAUAUGACAGCAUUGGAAUCACUCUGUUGGCCCUUCUUGUCCCGAUCACCUUUGGGAUGUACGUUAAACGUCGGUGGCCCCACAAGGCAAAAAAGAUCCUCAAGGUGGGGUCCAUCGCAGGCUUCGGCCUCAUCAUCAUCAUCGCUGUGGUUGGAGGAAUCCUCUACCAGUCGUCGUGGACCAUCGCGCCCUCUCUGUGGAUUAUCGGCACCAUCUACCCCUUUAUUGGUUUUGGCCUGGGGUUCCUCAUGGCCCGCUUUGUGGGUCAGCCCUGGUACAGAUGUCGAACCAUCGCACUGGAGACGGGUUUCCAGAACUCCCAGUUGUGCAGCACCAUUGUCCAGCUGUCCUUCAACCCUGCUGAACUGGAAGUCAUGUUUGCCUUCCCCCUCAUCUACAGCAUCUUCCAGCUGGUGGUGGCAGUCAUAUCUGUGGGAGCCUACCAGGCAUAUAAAAAGUCAUGUCACCGUUCAGCUGACGAGGACAGUGAGGCUCUAUCAGUGGAAGAUGGUGAUGGAGAACGGGCCAAAGAGAAGGAGCUCGCUGUGGAGAAUAACACCUUUGAAUGUGAUGAGAAUGGAAACAGUGAAGAGAAGGGUAAGGACAUCGAAAAGAACACCCAGCUGUGACAUUACAGUCCUGAAAAUCACAGACUGAACAACCAGGGCCAGAGCAUCAACUGUGAACACACACUGCCCUCUGCAGGCUAGAGGUGUGAACUACACGUCCUCACAGACGUCUACUGCCGACACUUCACCUGGCCAACACACUGCAUUGAAUCACACUGUUUAAGACAUGAGGCCCUUGUUUCCUUUAGUUUAUUCAUAUUUAAUUAUUUAAACGGACUUUACUCUGUAUGGUCCUGAUCAACACAUUUGUUCUGUGUCUCAUCAGAAAUUCAGACCUAAUGUUUGAUGCUGUUAAUGUGGAUUAAUACAGAUAUUUACUGUACUCUGCACUGAAUUGUAGAAUAUACAUCCAAAUAAAAGGUGAUAAGGUGCAGAAUUGUGUCACUGGACAAAGUAUAAAGCUUUUUCUCAUGUAGCAGAUGAAAUCACUGGUUAUUACAGAUCCCCUGUCAGUGUUUCAUUCUUUAUUUAUUCUGAUAAAUAAACUAAUAUCAGGUUUGUAGAGAAGAAGACAGAGUUUAUCAGAGUUCAGCUUUUCUAAACACAGUUUCACUCUGAAAUACUGUGUGUACGCUCUGUCCAAACUGAAGAAAACACAAUUAUAUAUAUAUUUAUAACAUAUUCACACUUUAAUAAUUUAUUUGCCCACUGUUGUGACAAACACACAAUCCCUUGUGUGCUGUAUUGUAAUAAAUGAUGAUGAUUUUGUAAGUGAUUACAGUUUUUCAUGGAUGUACAGAAACUAAAUAUUUUACUGAACCUCUGUGCGUUCCUCUUUACCUGAAUGUGUUUGACAUGCAGGCUGAAAUAAUGUAUUUUACAUUUUUGUUGUUUAUUUUGUUGUAAUAAUUGAAGUUUUGAUAUAAAUAUGAGUUCAACUAUCAACUCAAUAAACAUACUGUUUGUAAACUUUUA